AGCUCCACUGCGUCCCCAACAAGAAUACUAGGCCUCUCUGUCUCUCUCUCUCUCUAGCUCUAGCUCUGUAUGUCUCUUUCUGUCUCCUCCAUGGCUUCUCCUGAGAAAGGAGGAGGAGAGGUUGGUUUUGAUUUUGAAGAAGGAAUGUCGUGGCUUCCCUCGCCAGUUGUUCAUGAAGCUUUCGACACAAAGGCAUAUUUGGGACGGGCAGAGCAACACCUCCACCACAACCAACAUAAUUACCAAGAUCAACUGUAUCCAAAAUUUUGUAGCUCAAGGUCAUCAUUUUCGCCACAUUAUGUCACUAGACCGAAAGAUAUAAAGAAUUGGGUAUCUGGAGGACAUGGAAUGCAAGCUGUUUUCCUAGAUUCUUCCCAUAAAUCACGUGGCGGCACUGGCGUUUUUCUUCCACAGAGAGCCGGCACCAACUUCUACUCGAAGAAGAAACCAGCUUGUGCUCCGGUUCUGUUGCCCGACCGUGUGAUUCAAGCUCUCAAUCUGAAUGUUCAUGCACUUGGCCUGCACAUUUCACCCAAAGAUCGUCAUCGGAAACGAUUUAAAUCAGGUCACGAAGAUGAUACUCAAGAUUGUAUGUCACCUCGAAAUAAAAUGAGUGGGAGCAAUGAGGAUGAACAAUGCUACAUUAUUUCCGAAAAUCAAACCAACUCUUCUCCGGAGUCAUGUCUUCCAAAAGAGUGGACCUACUAGCUUGAUAGCUCGUUUAAUGAGUGGAAACUAAGUACGUUCUAUGUGAUUUAUACAUAUCAGAAGAAACUCGUAAGGGCAGAAGCUCGAUGUCCUGGCUUUUACAGUGUAUAAUGAUGUGCUGUUCAAAUGACCUAGCUAGAUCAUGCUUGAUAUGUCAUUUACUGUAAUUUACUGAAUAAUAACAGCACAAGGUUGUUUUCCGUUUCA